AUUGAACAGAAGUAUUUACCAGAUUAAGCACCAAAGAUAUUAGAGAAGUUCGUCACAGAUCGAUGGUGAAGGCCGUGAAGCUGAGUAUGUUGUUUAUGAUAUUGUAUGCACACUGGUGUCCUCUACGACUCUUACUAUAAACCUUCGAGAUUCAGGCUUACUUGUACUUUCUCUAAUUCUAUAAUUUGAAAGUGAAACAAGGAUAUUGGUGAUGAAGGAAAUGGAGUUACAAGAGAAUGGUUCAAUUGAAAGAGAAAAUAAAAAUAAAGAUUUGAUAAUUCAAAUGGAAGACAUGUUAGAAAGUGUGGAGCUUCCCUUAGUGUCACGUUGUUGUAUCUACAAAGUACCUCAGAAAAUUCGCAAGGUGAAUGAAGCAGCUUAUACUCCUACCAUUGUUUCCAUUGGCCCAUUUCACUAUGGAGACAAGAGAUUGCAAUCAAUGGAAGAGCUCAAAUUGAGAUACCUCAAGAGUUUUCUUGAAAGGACUCAAAAGGGGUUAGGAGAUUGCAUAGAAUACGUUAAAGAGUCUGAAGAAGUUAUUAGAAGUUGUUAUUCAGAGACCAUUGAACAAAGCAGUGAUGAUUUAGUGAGGACUGUUUUGACAGAUGCUUGCUUCAUAAUUGAGUAUUUUCUAAGAUCUCUAGAGUGGACACAAGAAGAUCCUUUAUUAUCCAAACCAUGGUUGAGAUGUGAUGUGAAGCUUGAUCUGAUAUUACUUGAAAAUCAGCUUCCAUGGUUUGUUCUUGAAGAGAUAUUCAACCUGACAGAACCUAGUUGCUUCAAUGGUGAGGUUUCCUCAUUUUUUGUUGUUGCUUUUCACUAUUUUAAGGUCCAUUUCCUUCAAAGCAUAUUGCCUGGAGUAGAUAUUAGCAAGUUCACCAUCGAUCAUUUCCAUAUGCACUACCAACAAUAUAUAAUGAAGCCUGAUCAUAUUGACAUGCAAUUGCAUAACCUCACUGAUUUGCUUCGGGUCUUUUACUUACCUCCUGAUGGGAUGCCAAGAAGAGAAAAAGAAACAGUGAAGCAUCUAUAUAGUGCAAGCCAGCUAGUGGAGGCAGGUGUGAAGCUCCAUGUUGGUAAAAACAAAAGUGCACUAGAGUUACAAUUUGAAAAAGGUGUGUUGACAAUACCAAGAUUUGAAGUUUGUCAUUGGACUGAGAUUCUUAUUAGAAAUGUGGUUGCAAUUGAGCAGUGUCAUUAUCCAUUUCAAACCUACAUUACUGAUUACAUAUUCGUCUUGGAUUUCCUUAUUGACACUAGCCAGGAUGUUGAUACACUUGUUGACAAGGGAAUCAUGAUUAACACAUUGGGAGAUAGCAGUGCAGUUGCAAAUAUGGUUAACAAUCUGUGCCUAAAUGUUGUUCAGGAAAAUAUUAAUGGUGGUUAUAUUUAUCUCUGCAGAAAACUGAAUUGCUUUUAUGAGGAUCCUUCCCACAAAUACAAGGCAAUCUUCAUGCAUGACUACUUCAGCACUCCUUGGAAAAUAACAUCUUUCAUUGCUGCAAUUGUGCUGCUUUUUCUUACUCUAAUUCAAGCCACAUGUUCUGUUAUCUCUUUAUUUUACCAAAAAUAAAGAGAUUUUGGGCUUAACUAGUGUACUUUCCACUCUUUUUUUUUUUAAUUGUCAUACUCUCUAUUCUUAAAUAUCAUUAUAUAUUAUUAAGUUUGCUUUCAAA